AAUUAUAAGUUUUAGAUUUGGAAACUCUAUUUACCUCAGACAAAUACUACAAACACUAUAAAAACAUAACAUUUGAAACUGAUAAAAUGAAGCUGGUGGUAAACUUUUUGGAUGCCCUGCGAAAGGUGCGUCUCAAGUUGUCCAUGGAAAACUUUGGCAGCACCAACCAGGCGGCGAACAGCUUGGCAGCCAAGGAAAUGAAAAGUGUGUUUCAGUCGGUUAAGAAGUCAAAACAGGAGAUCGAAGGCUCCGAGGACCUGUGGCAGAAUAUCAAGAGGGUGUUGCUCAUGUGCGGCGGCCAGAAGAAACCAGACGGCGUUGAGGAACGGAUGCAGGACUCCUGUCGCUUGGUGGAUGUCCUGGAGGCGCAGCGAUUCGUUAGCCAGGUGUUCGCUGCCAUGCAGGUGCCCAAACAGGCGGCCAGUGAAAUGGCCGAUGCCUUGAUAGCAGCCGAUUAUAUGGGCCAGCGUUCCAUGGGCAUCCAUCGGUUGCCGGCGAUUGCAGCUGAUCUUCUCAAUUGUACCGUUGCGGGGGAUGCCACACCAGGAAUCGUGUCCGAAAAGAAGGCCAUAGCCUUGGUAGAUGGCCAUAAUGCUCCUGGUCCCGUGGUGGCCAACUUUUGUAUGGACUUGGCCCUGCAAAAGGCCAGGGAAGUGGGAGUCGGUUGGGUUUCCGCUCGCGGCUCAAAUUGCAUUGGUUUCGCCUCUUGGUAUGCCUGCCAAGCGUUGGAGCAGAGAAUGAUUGGACUGUGCAUGACCAACGCAGCUCCUGCUCUGGUGCCCUCCGGAGGGAUUGAGCCAAUUUUGGGAGAAAACCCCAUUGCCUGUGCUGCGUCCGGUGUCCAUGAGCAAUUUCUGGCCGAUUUCGGCAUGGCCGCCUGUUCGGUGGAGGAACUGGAGCUAUCCUAUUGCAACGGCUGGUCAAAGGAAGUGCCCAAAUUAGUGGCUUUGGACAGGAAUGGAAGGGAGACCACCUCAACGGAGGAGGCUUUGAGGGCCCAAAGAAUACGAGCCUUUCAGCCGGAACACAAGGGGUUUGGCAUGGCUGCAAUGGUGGACAUUUUGUGUGGUGUGAUGACAGGUGCUCGAUAUGCAAAUCAAAUUCAACGACGUGGAGUCUAUAGUAGGGAAAAUGCAGCGGCGGAUUUGGGCCAAGUUUACGUGGCCAUCGACCCAAUGCGUUUUUGUCCCUCUUUCGAAGACCGAUUGGGCGAUUUUCAUCGGUUGUUAAGACAGGCGAUGCCCACCAAGGUGGGAAAAACCGCGAUGGUUCCGGGCGAUAAGGAGAUGCAGCACAUGAAGAUGGUCGACGAACAGGGCGGACUAACAAUGUCACCGUGCACCCUGUGCGUUCUAGAGGAACUGGCCACAAAGUUCGACAUCGUUCCACUAAAGAUAAAUGGCAGCAAACUUAGUGAAGCAGCUAUUUCUGAGGAUCUGAAUGUGGCAUAGCAAAAUCUUGCUUGC